AUGCCGAGAAGGGAAAAAGGCAAAGGAAGGGGAAAAAGACGGCCCAGCCCGCUCUGGCUCCCGCCUGCCCCCACUAUCCCCGCUCCAUUGCUGGCCUUCCAGCGCCCGCCGCAAGCCGUAGCGGGCCCCUACAGUGGCGGCGUCGACACCCGCGAUGGCACCAGCAACCGCGAGAAGACGAGAGAAGAGCGCCGCGCCUGCAAAGAAGCCGGCACCAGGCUCCCAAGUCGAAGAAGGGCGGAAGAAAAGAGCCGGCAGGUCAACCCGCGCCGGAGCCCCGUCCGCUGCCGCCGGCCCUGCCUCAAUGGAGACGCCAUGGGUCGAGGUGGCCAGAAGGAAAAGAAGGGGAAGUCGACAGCAGCGCCAACAACAACAGCGCAGCCGCCAAAACCUUCGCGCCGGAAGGAACCCACGACCGCCACGAUCUGCGGCCGUGGUAAUUCGUUGACUCCGGCUGCAGUGGCAAAGGGUCUGACGUACAAGGGCGUCCUCACGGACGCACAGAAUCGCGUGGACCUCACCGGAUUGGAUAUUUCGAGGCUAAAGCCGAAGUUUACGGCCACGGGCGCCCCAUUGGGCAAGUACGUCGGCCUCAAGAAAGCCCAGUUGGAGCGUGACAGGCUACAACGGAAGCGGCGCGGAAAGACGCAGAGAAGGAGCUGGAGGACCAGCUGCAAUUUAUCAAGUCGCCGGUCCCCCAGAAUAUCAGACACCGAAGAGGACCGUCCAGUACUGAAGGAAGACCUACGCACUUCCCAGAAGGCGCUUAACUGGGUCACGGACAAGAUCGUGAAGUACGUGGAACAGCCUGAGUCCGCUGUCAUUGCGCGCCUCGAGGAGGAAAUAAAGAAGUGGCAGGAACACAGUGCCCGUCUUGAAGCCAACAUGAAGGCCAUGAAGGAGGAGAAUGCCACCCUAAAACGACGCCUCGAAGACCUGGAGGCGUCCGCAAACAAGUCAUCGACGGAGGAGAUGCUGGCGAUGGUGGAAGCGAGGGUCCAAGCCAGGCUCGAGUCGGCCCUGAUGGGGCCAGCCCAAAGGCCCACCCUCGCCCACGAAAGAAGGACCGCCACCGGGGACACAGAACUCCCCGUGACGAGCGGAUACGUAGGAGGGGCGCCGAACACCCAAAACCGGCCAAAGGCAAGGGAAAAAGGAAAGAGAAGGGAGCAGCCCAACCCGCUCCCGCUCCCGCCCCCUCCCCUGCCCCAGUCGCUGGGCCCUCCAGCGCGCCGCCACAACCCGUCGCAGGGUCCCUCCACGGCCCCGGCGACUACGACGGCAUCGACGGCAAAGAAGACCCAGGACCGAAGGAGAGAGACGCCGAAACAAAAGCCCCAAAAGGGCAAGAAGAACGGACCGCCUCCAGCCCAACCCGCUCCAGAGCCCCGCGUGCUGCCGCCAGCCCCGGCUAACGUGGACACGCCGUGGGUCGAGGUGGUCAGAAGAAAGAAGAAGGGGAAGCCGGCAGCAGCGCCAACAAACAGCACGCAGCCGCCGAAACCGACGCGCCGGAAGGAGCCAAAACUGCGGCCGCCACGUUCUGCGGCCGUAGUCAUCUCUCCCACACCAGCAGCAAUUGCGAAGGGCCUAUCUUUACAAGAGCGUCCUGACGGACGCCCAAAAUAA